AUGCCAAUCACAGCCCCGCCCAUCAGGCUCCUGCCUGAGUCUGUUAGCGCACGAAUGCGCAGUACCUUAACGAUAGCGAACAUAUCCGACGUGAUAUCAGAGCUGCUCCAGAACGCAAUCGACGCCGGAGCUCGCAACCUGGCGAUUACCGUGAAUCUGGGUAGGAACAGCUGUGUGCUCGAGGAUGACGGCCAUGGGAUAGCUCCGGAGGAUAUGCUCCUUGUGGGACAGGAAUAUGGUGGCUAUCUAAUCUUUCUACCUUUACAAUUCUGCAUCCCUCAAAUCGUGGCUGACGUUUCCUCCGUCGUCGUCAUCGGGUAGCUACCUCCAAGCACCCGUCCACCGGAGACUUUGGCUUCCGCGGACAGGCUUUAUCGGCUAUUUGUGGGCACUCCUUAACUACGAUUACUUCGCGAGUGGAGACGAGUAGACGGACGGUUAUGCGGAGGGUGUCGUAUGGUCGUGAGGUGUUUACUGGGGCAGCGCCGGAGCACCUGGGACUCGGGAGGUCGGGUACAGUGGUUAGGGUUGAGGGAUUGUGGGGGGACAUGCCGGUGCGAGUGAAGGUCAGAGAGGGCGCGGAUGUGGACAAGGAGUGGGAUGACAUGAAGCGGGGGAUCGUGAUGGUGCUCCUGAGCCGUGGUGGCGUGGGUGUUGUUGUCAAGGAUGAGAACGGAGACGUGAAGGUUAGGGUUAGGGCUGUUGUGGGGUCCGGAUGGGAGGUCAAGGUAUUGAAGCAGGUAUACGCUAUCGAUAUAGAUGGGUGGGAGAAGGUGGUAGCAAGGAUGGGUGGGAUCGGAAUAGAGGGCCGGAUUUGCACGCGGGGCAGUGCGAGCAAGGGGUUUCAAUACCUCUGUAGGUUGGUCUUCAUAUUUAGCUUGGACAUUGACUGAUAUGGAGCACCGAAGAUAUCAAUGGGUAUCCUGUACCUAUGGGGACGACCUUGCUACAUGAGGAGAUCAACCGGCUGUUUGCUUCUUCCUCUUUCGGUGUGACAGAGGAGGACGAUGGAGCAAAGAGGCCAAAGGGAAAUCCGAAGAAAGGUGCCGAUAGGUGGGCCAUGUUCGUGCUGCGUCUUGAAUGUCAGCGGCGAGAAAUGGAUGUCAUAGGUGGUGAAGGUGGGACAGAGGGAAAAGCUGGGCUGGAAGGUGAUGUUAGUCGCACCUCUGGGUCUGUGUAUUGGCUCCUACUAAAAAAAUAAACAGAACCUUAGCGCUGCAAUCGGCCUCCUGCAAAAGCUCAUCCAUGAAUUCCUAAAAACUCACUAUUUCCGUCCUGUCCCAGCUACGACUGCGAAACCCCAAAGAGGCGAAGGGACCACCAUUCGUGCACCUCCACAAUCAGCGUUAGAUCUGCUAGGCGGGCCCCGGCAAAGAACACCACUAGGUACCCUCCGCAGGAGUACCAAUGCAGCAUCGUCUCGAACUAGAGAUACCGGGGGAUCCUCAAAAAGUGGGGACCUCGGAAUACUGGCAAGCUGGAGCAGAGUCAAGUCCGCCCGAGUCGAUCCAAGGGAGGAAGGGGGCAGACAGGGCUCGGGAUUUUCAAAAGCGUCUACAUUCUCACCCCCACACCCACCCACUGGAUCCCACCCCACACCGGGGAAGGGGAGGAGAGGGGGCUCGACAGAUGGCCCCGGGGCACCCUCCGAUGAGUUUUUCGAGUGGAGAGACCCGGUAUCGCAGAAGACGCACACAGUCAACUUCCGAACUGGAAAUACGGUGACGGCCAAGGGCCCUGCGCCCGGUAUGUCUCUGGUUAGAGUAGGGAUGAAGAGGCCUUCAACUGGGGAUUCCUUCCUGGGGCAGAGACUCGGCGACGACGGCAAUAGCAGUAAGAGGGCGCGCACAGAACCGCUACCGGAGCCCAAGAACCCACCAGGGCCGUUUAUAGAAAAUCUUCUCAGGGUAACAUCUGCCUACUUGUAUAUUCACAACCAUAAACACAACUAAUCAUAUAUUUCCAGGCCUGGGAAAAUCCGGUCUUCAAACCAACAGAUGCUCCAAUACCCCGGAUCACACUUCACACCUCCGAAUUUGUGCCUGGAUGUGCCCACCCAGCGACCAACUCGCCGUUAUUUGAGACUGCUUCGACGUUAGGAAAACUAACCAAAACGGGUCUCCGAAAUGCGGAAGUCAUCUCACAGGUAGACAAGAAGUACGUCUUGAUAAAAAUGGCCGGAAUAACUACUUCCUCAUCCCCAGAUCCGUCCGGCCUCUUGGUGAUAGUAGACCAGCACGCCGCGGACGAGCGCGUUCGCGUGGAAGCCUUGUUUACGGAGCUAUGUUCCCCAGAAGGGAAGCCACGGGGAGACCAAACAGGGACACUGGGCGGGAACCUAACGUACAAAAUCUCGCACAGAGAAACAGAGUUAUUCACCCGCCACCGCGCUUCAUUCUCCGAAUGGAAGAUACACUACACCAUCACAAUCGGCGGGAGAGAGGAGAAAGAGGAUCCGAAGCAAAACACGCUAACAAUAACCUCCCUCCCGGAAAUGGUCUCCGACCGCUGCGCCUCCCAACCAUCACUCGCCAUAGACAUCCUCCGCCGACAUAUCCCCGUUCUCGAGGAUACCUCCACCAUGGCACUCCCUAGCUCGACCCCGACCGCCUCGUCUUUAGACCCUCAUGCGCCGCUGCUUUCACGUUGCCCAGCCGCGCUGGCAGAUAUGGUCAACUCCCGCGCCUGCCGCAGUGCAAUCAUGUUCAACGACCCUCUGGAGCUCGGCGAGUGUCGCGUGCUGAUUGGCAAACUGGCGGAAUGUAAGUUUCCGUUUCAGUGCGCGCAUGGGAGGCCUUCGAUGAUUCCGUUAUUGGACCUUAGUUGCGUUGGGGCAGAGCGUAGGGUUGGGAGGGGGGUGGCGUUUGAAGAGGUGGUGAAGGGGAGGAGUGGUGGGUUUAGGAAGGAUUUUGGAAGGUGGGUGGAGAGGGAGAAGGAGAGAGUGUGGAACGGGGGUGGUUAG